CAGCAGCAGGAUCCAGAACACCUACUGCAAAGCCUCUCCAACUAGCCACAGCUGACCACACAUAGUACAUGCGUAUAACUUGAGCCAGCCAGCCAAAGCAACGAUUAUGGCGUCCAUGGCGAGAGCUGCCCGCCUCCUGCUGGUCGCGCUGCUGGUCAUCUCCGCGGCGGUCACCGGCUGCCAUGGCUACAGCAUCGGUGGACCGGGGUUAAUCCCCGAACCACGGAGCGGGCAUGGAAGACCCUUUGAUCCUUUAUACCCACGUCCAUGCCGCGGACUGAGAUGCCGGACGCUGCCGCCACGCGGCCGCGGUGGCGCACCCUACCCCUAUGGCGGUCCUCCUCCCCCUCCCCCUCCCCCGGACAACGGAGGACAGCCUUGAUGCUUGGCAUGCAUGCAAGAAAGCUACGACCUCUCACCGAACUGAUACUAAUACAUGGAAUAAGACUAAAGUUUGGUGUUUUCCCUAAUACGUGUCAUGUAUACAUGGAACAAGAAAGCUAUUACAUGGAAUAAGACUUGAGAGUGGUUUUUCUAGCGGUACGGUUUCUACCGGGUAUUCACACACCACACAAUCGUGGUCCGAGAUUAUGGUCAACAUAGUGAUAGUGCAUUAUACGUAUUUCGAUGGGCAGUACAUAAUCUCAACCCAUGUGUACAUCUGUACAUGUACGAAACAGUAGUAAUACCAUGUGGGGCUCAUGUGUGAGCCAUGCUUCACCCAUA